GGGACUGCAGGUUAGACAGCAGCCAAGCGACACACCUCAUCACUCCAACUCAACCGACUGGACCGUUGCUAUUUGUUUAUUGUGGCUGGUGAUGACUUCUUAAUUUAUUACAGUCAGUGCAUGAACACUGGAUCGUACCGCAGCGUUUGGACAAACACACCGGGGCAACUUUUGGAACAAACACGCAGUCCUACAUGGAGAUUGAAAGCAUGGUGGCGAAUAGUGCUCUUAUUAAAGCCAGAGAAGGUGGAGGAAGUAAAGGCAGGAGCUGGAAAUGGAAAGAAAUGCUUCGCUUUCCUCACAUCAGUCAGUGUAUGGACCUGGCCAUGAACAUAGAGCGAGACUACUGCAGUAUGUGUGUGAAGCAGCCGAUUGGCAAGAAGCUGUUCCAGCUGUUCUGUCGGAGUCGACCUGACCUGCAGAACUACAUCUCCCUCCAGGACGCUCUGGACGUCUUUGAGACAAAGUGCGAUGAGGAGAGGAGAGAUUUCGGCUACAGCAUCAUUCAGAGAUUCCUCUGGAGUCAGUCCAAUCAGUGUGUGUCCAUCGUGCUGAAGCAUGAACAGACCUGCAGACAGAAUCUGGAGCUCGACCCCUGCAUGGACGUCUUCCAAGACUGCAGGGAAGACCUACAUAAAUACUUGUGUGGCGAGCCCUUCCUCCAGUACCAGGAGAGCAUGUUUUUUGACCGUUUCCUACAGUGGAAGAUGUUGGAGAGGCAGCCCAUCACCAAGCAGACAUUUAGACAGUACAGACUUCUGGGAAAAGGAGGGUUCGGAGAGGUGUGGGCUUGUCAGGUGCGAGCCACAGGAAUGAUGUACGCCUGCAAAAAGCUGGAGAAGACUCAUGUGAAGAAGAGGAGAGGAGAAAGCAUGGCUCUCAACGAGAAAGAGAUCCUGGAAGGGCUGGACAGUCGAUUUGUGGUGAACCUGGCAUACGCUUACGAGACCAAGCACGCCCUCUGUAUGGUUCUGACCAUGAUGAGUGGCGGGGACUUGAGGUUUCAUAUUUACAACAUGGGAGAGCCCGGCCUGGACAAAGACAGAGUGUGCUUCUACGCUGCAGAGGUCUGCUGUGGUUUAAUGCACCUCCACCAGAAGUCAAUAUUAUACAGGGAUAUGAAACCAGAAAACAUUCUGUUGGAUGACAACGGACAUAUCCGCAUCUCUGACCUGGGCUUGGCUGUGAGGCUGUCUGAAGGGAAACUGGUGCGAGGAAGAGUGGGCACACUGGGAUACAUGGCUCCUGAGGUGAUCAGCCAAAAACAUUACGGGAUGAGCGUUGACUGGUGGGGCCUCGGCUGUCUGAUUUAUGAGAUGACUGCUGGGCAGCCCCCACUCCGAGCACGAGGAGAGCAUCCUAAACCCUCCGAGAUGGAGAGAAGGAUUCAGACAGAGGAGCUGGAAUUUAGUGAGAAGUUCAGCAAGGAGGUGAAAGACCUCUGCUCCUCGCUCCUGAACAAGGACCCAAAACAGAGGCUGGGCUGCUGGGGCUCAGGGGGGAAAGAAGUACAGUCGCAUCCUUUCUUCCGAAAAAUCAACUUCAGGAUGCUGGAGGCCGGACUCGUCGAGCCUUCGUUCAAACCUGAUCCCAGACUGGUGUACUGCAGCGACGUGCAGGACAUUGAUGAGUUUUCUACAGUGAAGGGAGUCGUUCUGGACGAGAGAGACGACUUCUUCUACUCCAAGUUCAACACAGGCAGCGUCCCUAUAACCUGGCAAAAUGAGGUGAUAGAGACGGGAUGUUUCAGGGAGCUGAACGUUUUUGGCCCUGAGGGGUCUCGAUCUGCAGAUCUGGACUGGACUCAGAUCCCUGAGAGACCCAAACCCAGCCUGCUGGACAGAAUCUUCCGCAGACACCAUCAUUCAGAUCCAUCAGAUGAAAGCAAACAGAGCUUGGUGUCCCAUGAAAGCUUCAUGAAGUCAGGACUGGUCAGCACGACCCUCUGAGGACGCUCACGGCACAGACAUUGCUUUAAAGACUCUAAGGCACAAACAUCCACUGGAAAAGACAAUGAAGGCAGUUCUGUUCUCACCUGUAAAUAACAGUUUAGCAAAGGUUUCUUUGUAUUUGUACAGUUCUCCUCUCACUUACACGAGCACUUUGUUUCUUCUCAGGUAAAAACAAGAUGUAUAAUUUUGCUGUUCUGUCAUUUACUCACAUGCAACGACAUAAAAUCAAAUUAGUGGCAUUUUGUCAAGUACUUGAAUUUUUAUACAACUCACACAACAUACAGUUUGAAGCUACUUGAUGACAACAAACUGUAAAAGGAGCGGACGCAGCCACCGUGAUGUCACCCACUGGUUCGUGGACUACUGUUUUGAGGCCUCGAGUUCUGCAUCUCGACAUCAACAUCUCGUUUUUGUGGAGCCAGAAGUGACCAUAUUUUGACAAGAGGGUGGAGCUGUGGAGAAUACUCACUACGCCUCCAUCCUAAUUGACAGGUUGCUAUGGUAGCGACUUGUCAAUCACAAGGUGCCCAGGCUCUGCAUAGAUGCGUGGACGUGCACCUCUCCAGAAAUGUAACUACACAUCACAGCAACGCAGACUUCCUGUUUAUUUUUGUAAACUGAAAACCA